CGCAGAUGACCGUUAGCUGUCAAUGUGCGGAGUCUCAGACUGAGGAGUUUCCCCAACUAACUAAGUUGGCUCAAAGUUGGAUCCAGCCAAUUACCUUAGUGUUAAUGUGCGGUAUGUCUCUUGAUAUGUUUCGUGUAGGUUUGUAUUUGUAUACGAUAACUUAGCAAACAAUAAGUAACAGAGUUCCGACGACUGAGUGGCGCGCAAGCAGAUUUUUCAAGUCCCGACUUGGACCGUUCUGGUACCGAAUGUGGCUGUGAUAUGAAAUCGGAUAUUUCGACACUUUCGUUUCAAUUUAGCCAACAAGUUGAACUUGACACUGGAACUUGACUCUCGAUUUCAGUCGCCCGCCGCGUCCCCGCGGCUCCGUGACCAUGGGUAACCCGGGGAUGGAGGACCUGAUCCCGCUGGUCAACAGGCUGCAGGAUGCCUUCAGUACCAUUGGACAGUCCUGCAACCUGGACCUCCCUCAGAUAGCGGUGGUUGGAGGACAGAGCGCGGGGAAAAGCUCAGUGCUGGAGAACUUUGUGGGCAGAGACUUCCUGCCCAGAGGUUCCGGAAUCGUGACGCGAAGACCGCUGGUCCUGCAGCUUAUUAAUCACGACACAGAGUAUGCCGAGUUCCUGCAUUGCAGAGGCCGGAAGAUUACGGACUUUGAGGAGAUCCGGAGGGAGAUAGAGGAGGAGACGGAACGGCUGACGGGAGCCAACAAGGGAAUAUCGCCCAUCCCCAUCAACCUGCGCAUACACUCGCCCAACGUGCUGAACCUGACCCUGAUUGACCUGCCGGGCAUCACCAAGGUGCCGGUGGGGGACCAGCCGGGUGACAUCGAGUACCAGAUCCGGGACAUGAUCAUGCAGUUCAUCUGCAGAGACAGCUGCCUCAUCCUGGCCGUCACGCCCGCCAACACGGACCUGGCCAACUCAGACGCACUCAAACUGGCCAAGGACGUCGACCCUCAGGGCCAGCGCACGAUAGGUGUGAUCACCAAGCUGGACCUGAUGGAUGAGGGAACGGAUGCCCGGGCCAUUCUGGAGAACAGGCUGCUGCCACUACGCAGAGGCUACAUAGGGGUUGUGAACCGCAGUCAGAAAGACAUUGAUGGCAAGAAGGACAUCCAGGUGGCGUUGUCUGCAGAGAGACGCUUCUUCCUCUCCCACCCGGCGUACAAGCACAUCGCCCAGAGCAUGGGGACACCCUACCUGCAGCAGGUCCUCAACCAGCAACUGACCAAUCACAUCCGGGCGACCCUUCCGGCAUUCCGCACUAAGCUGCAGACUCAGCUGCUGGAACUGAAGAAGGAAGCAGAAGAGUUCCAGCAGUACCGACCCGACGACCCGCAGCACAAAACCAAAGCUAUGCUACAACUUGUGCAGCACUUCGGUCUGAACUUUGAGAAGUUGAUCGAGGGCUUCGGGGAUCACGUGGACACAGUGGAGCUGUCUGGAGGAGCCAAAAUCAACCGCAUCUUCCAUCAACGCUUCCCCACAGACCUCAGCAAGAUGGAGCUGGAUGAGCUGGAGCUGCGGAAAGAGAUCACCUACGCCAUCAAGAACAUCCACGGCAUCAGGACAGGCCUCUUCACUCCUGACUUGGCGUUUGAGACGAUGGUGAAGCGUCAGAUUAUCCAGCUGAGAGGGCCGUGCCUCAAGUGUGUCGACAUGGUGACGGAGGAACUCAUCAGCACCGUGCAGCAGUGCACCAACAAGUUGGCCAGCUAUCCUAAGCUGCGGGAGGAGACGGAGAGCAUCGUGUGCAGCCACAUACGGGACCAAGAGAGACAGUCAAAGAACCAGGUUUUAUUGCUGAUUGAGAUCCAGCUGUCGUAUAUAAACACCAACCAUGAGGACUUCAUCGGCUUCACCAGUGUUCAUCAGAAGAACAGCCAGACGAGUGUCAAGAAUGCAGCAGGAAACCAGGGGUCGGCGUUCUUACUUCGGCAAAUUGUCAUCCGUAAAGGCUGGUUGACCAUCAGCAAUAUCAGCAUCAUUAAGGGCGGUGCUCGGCUCUGCUGGUUCGUUCUCACCACUGAGAGCUUGUCCUGGUUCAAGGAUGAUGAGGAGAAGGAGAAGAAGUACAUGUUGCCUCUGGACAACCUGAGGGUUCGAGACGUGGAGAAGAGCUUCAUGUCCUCUAAACACACCUUCGCACUCUACAGCACCGAGCAGAGGUACACACACACACACACACACACACACACACACACACACACACACACACACACACACACACACACACACACACUACAGCACCUGAGGGUUCGAGACGUGGAGAAGAGCUUCAUGUCCUCUAGACACACCUUCGCACUCUACAGCACCGAGCAGAGGUACACACACACACACACACACACACACACACACACACACACACACACACACACACACACACACUACAGCACCUGAGGGUUCGAGACGUAGAGAAGAGCUUCAUGUCCUCUAGACACACCUUCGCACUCUACAGCACCGAGCAGAGGUACACACACACACACACACACACACACACACACACACACACACACACACACACACACACACACACACACACACACACACACACACUACAGCACCUGAGGGUUCGAGACGUGGAGAAGAGCUUCAUGUCCUCUAGACACACCUUCGCACUCUACAGCACCGAGCAGAGGUACACACACACACACACACACACACACACACACACACACACACACACACACACACACACACACACACACACACACACACACACUACAGCACCUGAGGGUUCGAGACGUGGAGAAGAGCUUCAUGUCCUCUAGACACACCUUCGCACUCUACAGCACCGAGCAGAGGUACACACACACACACACACACACACACACACACACACACACACACACACACACACACACACUACAGCACCUGAGGGUUCGAGACGUAGAGAAGAGCUUCAUGUCCUCUAGACACACCUUCGCACUCUACAGCACCGAGCAGAGGUACACACACACACACACACACACACACACACACACACUACAGCACCUGAGGGUUCGAGACGUAGAGAAGAGCUUCAUGUCCUCUAAACACACCUUCGCACUCUACAGCACCGAGCAGAGGUACACACACACACACACACACACACUACAGCACCUGAGGGUUCGAGACGUAGAGAAGAGCUUCAUGUCCUCUAGACACACCUUCGCACUCUACAGCACCGAGCAGAGGUACACACACACACACACACACACACACACACACACACACACACACACACACACACACACACACACACACACACACACACUACAGCACCUGAGGGUUCGAGACGUAGAGAAGAGCUUCAUGUCCUCUAGACACACCUUCGCACUCUACAGCACCGA